AUGGACAUGGGUAUUGGAUUAUUUGUGAUGACCAUGGGAUUGGUUUCUAAUCGUGUGAAGAAUUCCGCUGACCUGAGAAAACUUCCAAGAUCAGUGGUUCCUUUGAUGACUUUGGGUGUUGCACGCACCUUUUUUGUUUUUCUAAGUGGAUAUUCUGUGGAUGAAAACGACUAUGGUCAGCAUUUAAAUGCUUUCUUUAUUCUGGGAUUCACCAAAUUGAUGGGCAGUGUGUAUAGCUUACUGGCUAAAACGGAUGGGCAGCUUUUGGGACUAGCUUUGGGAUUGCUUAUUCUACAUGAAAUAGUGCUUCAGUUGGGUAUCUACGACUUUGUACAGGAAUAUGAAUUAAGAAGUCAGAAUAUUUUCAGUGUCAAUCGGGAAGGUUUGAGUUCCCUUCACGGCUGCGUUUCUCUCUACUUGCUGAUUAUGCAGCAAAAUAAGAACAAUUUUAGCCAUUUCUGUUAUCAGUUGGCUUCUUGUUCUCUUCUUCACCACUUUUUGGGACGUUUGUCGUGUAACCUUUAAUUGCGGCUAUGUUAUUUGGAUUUUUGCCAUCAGUGUGAGCCUUAUCCUGAUUUAUGCUUUCUUCUUUCAAUUGGCACUUUCGAAAUCUUCUGCCGAAAAGCGCUAUGCAUCUCUGGAGUUGAGAAAUAGUACUGAUGAUCAAAUAGAUUCACUGCCUACCUAUGCGAAGAGCCUGAACACGAAUGGCCUAACCCACUUCAUAGUCUCCAACUUGCUAACUGGAUUGGUUAAAACUUUCCUUAAGCCCGAAAAACGAAAUCAUGUGGAAUGCGUUGCUAUAGUAUCUGUCUACAUGUUUAUCAGUGCUGGAGUUGUCUUUUUGAUGCUAAAAAAUCGUGUUCGAAUAUCUUUAUUAAAAUCACACAAAUGUCAA